UUGUAACAGGUGCAUGAGUUAUUUCAUUAAAGAAUUAAUUCAUUGACAGGUAGUCAUUUCAUUUAAUUAAAGCCAUUUUAAGUGCCAAAUUAAUUGUAUUUAUUAUAAAAAUUUACAAUUCUGAUUCGUUUAUUUAUUAAUAUGUUACAAGAUAAGGAAUAUUUAAUGAAAAGAAUUAAAGAAAAUUAAUAAAUAAGUAAAAAAAGUGUAUAAUUCAUCAUGACACGAGUGCUGACAUCUAGUCUCGAGUUUCUCAACUACAUUCAUAAACAACUUGCAUAGUUGUCAUUCAGUUAUCAGAAGAGAAAACGGAGAAAACACAAGCAACAGAAGUGAAAUUAAAAUAUGUUAGAGAAAACAAUUAUCUUUUAAUUUUAUGUCAAUAAAAAUAAAAUAUUAUCUGAAACCAUUAUAUUUGAGAACAUAUUUCUUUAAAAUAUCUCUGAUGGAUAAAUUAAUGACAGUUAAGAAGACAUUAUGUCCAUAUCAGGAGAAAUGUUAUCGAAAAAAUCCCAUCCAUUUCAACGAAAUGUCACAUCCCCACUUGGAGAAACUGGUAAUAAAUCGCCUCGACGAUAUUUUAACGAUUCCUACUCAUCUCGACUUUGAGUGUCCCGACAGAUCUCAGUUGCUGGAUCAACUAAAAGUUUUGCAAAUUGUCCUCAAAAAGGAGAGAGAUCGAAAUGGAGGGACUGCAAGUCAAGAAUCAUCAAAAAUUCCAGAGAGUACAAAAAAGACAGUAACUGAUUCACCAAAAAAGAAUUUAACCCCCAAAGGCAAGGAGACAAUAUCCGAUGAUUUAAAGCAAAAAAUAGAGCGAAACAGACAAGCAGCAUUGCUAAGAAGGGAAAAUAAAUUAAAAGUACUUGACGCAAAGGCCGAAUUACUUGCAAGUUACGAAUCUAGUUCGAGUGGACGGGAAAAAUCUCCAAAACCAAAUUUAAAACGAAAUAUCACCAACACUGAUGUGACUAAUCAAAAGAAAGCGAAAACAUCAGAUUCAACUUUCUCCUCUCAGUCCAGUUCGAGUUCAAGUACAAAUAAAAAUUCAUCGUCAUCAAUAGCAGAGGAUUUUUCUCUCUGUAAAACGUCAGCGGGUCGUGAAAAUAUUCGAAGGCAAGCUUUGGAAAAAAUGCAAAUGGCUGGAUUUAAGGCGAAUAUCGUUGAACCUGGUGAAUUUGCUCUAAAAUAUGCACUCUCGGAGCCCUAUCAUUUAUUUUUCACUCGAGUUGAAAAAAUUAAGGAAACCUACAAUCAACCUCUCUCGAUAACAUUACCAGAAGUUCUCGAUAUUAGUCUUGGCGAAAUUGUCGAGAGUUUGCAUUUUAAUUUCAUGAUUGACAUCGGUUGGGUGUGUCUUCAAUAUCUCUUGGCAGCUCAAUCGGCCAAAAUGCUUGUAUUCUAUGAGAGUCGAGUCGACACCGAACCAUUGCCAGCAAAUAUCACUGCUAUCGAAAUUCCAAAACCCUCAGCUUUCGGUUGUCAUCACACGAAAGUUUCGCUUUUGAAAUAUAAAGACGACGGUAUUAGAAUUAUUGUCUCGACAGCUAAUCUCUAUUCCGACGAUUGGGAAAAUAGAACACAAGGAGUUUGGAUAUCGCCCCAUCUUCCACGACUUCCAGAAUCGGCAAAUUCAAACGAUGGAGAAUCGCCAACUGGUUUCAGAAAGGAUUUCGAACGUUAUCUAUUGACCUAUAAACAGGGGAAUUUAACAGAAUGGAUUUACGCAAUAAGAAAUGCAGAUUUCUCGGCAGUAAAUGUAUUUUUCUUGGCAUCAGUGCCGGGAAGUCAUAAAGGACGAGACGCCAAUAAUUGGGGGCACAAAAAAUUAUCGACAAUUCUUUCUCAACACGCAAUAUUACCGGCUGACUCGUCAUACUGGCCAAUUGUCGCUCAAUGCUCAAGUAUUGGUAGUUUUGGUCCUAAUUUCGAAAAUUGGCUACAAAAAGAUAUUGUCACAUCAAUGUCAAAGGAGAAGAAUGCAGGAUUGAAGAGUACUCCUAGUUUUCAAUUUGUUUAUCCGUCAAUCAAUAAUUUUACCGGCAGUAUUGAUUGUCGUGCGGCUGCAUGCUGUUUGCCUUAUAGUAUGAAAACGCACUCGAAACAGCAAUGGAUCGAGAGUUAUAUGUACCAAUGGAAAGCGAGUAAAAUUGCGAGAGACAGAGCAAUGCCACAUAUUAAAUCAUACACGAGAAUUUCGCGAGAUUUCCAAAAAAUUCCUUGGUUUGUUUUAACCAGCGCAAAUUUGAGUAAAGCUGCUUGGGGAACAUUCAGAAAUUCGAAUUAUAUUAUGAAUUACGAAGCUGGUGUUGUUUUCAUUCCAAAAUUUAUAACAAAAGAAACGACAUUUCAAAUUAAAAAGGAAGAAUCUUCGGAUAUUCCUGUUUUUCCAAUGCCAUAUGACCUUCCACUGACUCGUUAUGGACCACAGGACAAAGCAUUUGUGAUAGAAUUUUUUGAUAGUGCAUAAAACAAUUUCUACUAACUAAUUAAAGGUAAUACUGAUAAAAUCUGGUAUUAUUUUCCACAAAAUAAAUUAUCAAGAAUAUUUAAAUUCUACCGGAAAGAAAUUAAUCAAUUUUAUUUCAAUUCUAUACAAAUUAAAUUGUUCGUUUAUUAUACAAAGAAAAAGCACAUGUACAGUAUAUUUUCAAAUAAUUAUUUUCUAAUAAA